AUGAACCUACUGCUGCUGUACGGACUUCUCAACCCGAUCAUGGCAUUAAAUAUGAUGAGUCAAAAGGAGGACACAAAUCAAGUUGAUGUCCUAUUGUCAGACUUUGGACUGCGCAAAACAAUACUGGAUGAAACCCCGCCUGUCAAAGACAAAAUGCGGGCACCAACCGAUCCUCCACUUCUUUUUUUUACUAAGUCCGGGACCUCACGCGACUCGUAA